CACACACAGGACCAAGCAGGAGCAGGACCUCAACGUUUUGAUCAUUUUCUACAAAUGGAGGAACAUGAAGAUGUUCAAUAUUGUUUUCAAGACAGAAACUCUUCUUGCAGAAAGGCUUUGCUAUCGACAUCUAUCUACAUAACACUGUACAUCUUCUUCUCAGUGAUUUCAACAGUUACAGUAUUUUUGAAUGUCAUUGUGAUCAUCUCCAUCUCUCACUUCAAGCAGCUCCACACUCCAACCAACCUGCUCAUCCUCUCUCUGGCUGUGUCAGAUCUCCUGGUGGGACUGAUUGUGAUACCAGUAACGACUGUAGCAAUAACGGAAUCAUGCUGGAAUUUUGGGGAAUAUUUCUGUGUGUUUCAAUUCUACGUCUCUUGUUUGUGUACUUCUUUAUCUCUGGGCAAUUUGGUCUUGAUAUCUAUUGACCGCUAUGUUGCUGUGUGUGAUCCCUUAUUGUACCACUCUAAAAUAACAAUAGCAAGAAUGAUGUGUUGUAUAUCCAUUACCUGGUGUUGUUGUAUCAUGUACAAUGCUACUAUUAUAAAAAACUUUGUAAGUGUACAGGUUCUGGGUAGGUGUUUGAAAGAAUGUUUAAUUGUUGAAGGGUUAAAUUGGGUUACUAUAAUUGACCUUGUACUUAAAACGGUUGUCCCGUGUUCUAUUAUUAUAACACUUUACAUGAAAAUCUUUGUGGUGGCCAGAUCACAGGCCAGAAAGGUAUUUUCAAAAGAGGCUGCCAGUGUGUCUGGUGUUAAAACUAUACAGGCAAAUAAGUCUGAGAGAAAAGCAGCAAAAACUCUGUCUAUUGUUGUUUUCAACUAUCUCAUUUGUUGGACUCCAUCUCUAUUUCUUUUCUUUCUGUCUUUUUUAACUGAAAAUGUAUCAUUCUUCAUCAUCAGUUUUCUGCCACUUGUAAACUCCUUAAUUAAUCCAAUAAUUUAUGCUUUUUUUUAUCCAUGGUUCAAAGUGACAGCUAAAAUUAUUUUAACUCUGAAUUUAAUACGUUCAUAAGUCCUAUGUUUUUAUUUCCCAGUUUGACAAACAGGUUUGCUAUAGUUUUGUUAUACAAUUGUAACAAUACUCUUUCAUUACAACUUUCUAAUAUUUAUUUGUGCUUCCUUUUGACCACAGAACAGCCUGAAUUCGUCAGGGCAUGGACUCCACAUGUUGUCAAAAGUGUUCCACAGGGAUGCAGGCCCAUAUUGAGUAAAUAAAUACAUUUAUAUUCAGUAAAUAAAUAGUUUAUCUAUAAGUCAAUAAGUCAUUCAUCAUUCAGUCAUUCAGUCAUUAUUCCCAUUUGCUUUAGUAAGCUAGUUAUUCACACAUUUAUAAACAACUUUUAUAGUUUGUAGUAAUGAUUCAUACAUUCAUAAGAUUUUUUAUAAAUGUAAUUAAAAACCAUUUACUACUCAUUAGUAAAGUCAUUUUGCAGACCAUAAACACAUGACUUCCUUCAGCACACUACAGUGUGACUGUUUCAGAAUAAUUUUUUUAAUUUAACAUC